CCGGGCUGUUUAUUACACCUUCAUCACUGCUCAGGCUCCAGUACCAGCCUGCAGGUGCCGCAGAGCCACACAAACACAGGACGACGAGCAACAACAACAAAAAAGGAGGAAAAGAAAGCAAAGAGAGAGAAGCCUUUAGUAGUGAGGGGACACAUUUCAGUGGCAGACAGAAACCAGCGCUCCUCCUCGGCUAUAUAGGCAGGGAAACGCCACAAUAACCAACCAACGGCUGCCAGAGGGUAGAGAGGAGCGCACAAGGCAAUCCACAUCCAUCUGCCAGCCACUUAGGACGCGCUAACAUUUCCAGUCCGGAUUUCAGCACAGCUGUCCCGCUAAUACUACCAGGAAAAUGUCUGCCCCAGCCGGAGCCCCUGCACCAGAGGGAGGGAAUCAGCCCCCCAACCUCACCAGCAACCGCCGUCUGCAGCAGACACAGGCACAGGUGGAUGAGGUGGUGGAUAUCAUGCGUGUAAACGUGGAUAAGGUUCUGGAGCGUGAUCAGAAGCUGUCAGAACUGGAUGACAGGGCUGAUGCCCUGCAGGCUGGAGCCUCUCAGUUUGAGACCAGUGCUGCAAAACUGAAGAAUAAAUACUGGUGGAAGAAUGCCAAGAUGAUGAUUAUCCUGGGUGUGAUAUGUGUGAUUGUCCUCAUCGUCAUUAUCGUGUACUUCAGCACCUAAGAAGAGUUGCUCCUACCCCAGUCUGAUCCCAGCUUCCUUACUACAGAAAAAACCCUCAAAUUGACAACAAAAUUAACCACAGAUGACUAAUUUAUUAUAUAUAUAAAAUAUAUAUAUAUCUAAAUAUAUAUAUAUCUCCCUGAUUAGCCUCGAUAUAACACCCCUAAAACCCUUCAGGGCCCCAUGGCUCCCCCACUUCUACCACCUUGCCUCUGGACCCCUGUCAAUAUUUGUCCUGUGAGUGUGUGGCCCUGUCUCCUUUCUGGGUACUCUUGGCUUUUCUAACCUGCCAUACUGAGAACCAAACACUUGUGAUGAUGCAACAACAGAAAAGGAAACAACGAUUGGCGAUAAUUGUUACAUACCUGAUAUAUAUAGUUCUUUGUAGAGUUUUAUUCUGAUAUAUACUGUUUUGUAGGUGUGUGUGCGUGUGUGUGUGCAUUUUGUACUUUUUAUUUUUUGUAUUAAUUUUACGUAUGCUUCAGCGUUAACUACUGCCUAUUAAUCGAAGUGUGUAUCUUGCAUGUGCUCAUCAUCUGUCCGUCCCCAGCUUAUUCUCUCUUUUUGGUGUGUUUUUGCACAGUGGAGGUAGUCUCCAUUUAACUAUUGGAAUACCAAUUGAGUUUCAUUUGUGUUACCCGUGUCCACUAAGAAAGUCCAAAAUAAGCCACAGAACUAAAACUUGUGCUAAAAAAUGCAUUAUCAAGUUAAAGAACUUGGAGUUAUUCCACAAAACAAACUACCCAUGUAAAUCUACUAGGUUUCCCCUUGUUUAGCUACACAUUUCUCUAACUUGAUACCAUCAAAAAAAAAAAAAAAAAGUCAAGUCUUAGCUUUUUCGGUGGCUUUUGGACAGAGUUAAUGCUCACUGAUCCUGAUCAAACACAAAUGUUGCAUGAAUUGUGAAGCUAAUCUUUAGUAAUCAUCAUUUUCAACCCCUUUUCAUUUGAUCCUCCCAUUACAUGAGUGUCAUUUCUCUUUGAACAUUUCUCUCUUUAAUAACUUCCAUCUGUAUUGUCUUUAACACCCCCAGUCCUCCUCCGUCUCUCGGCAUGCUUGGACACCUCAGUUUCUUCGGAUUAUUUCAAAACUGCCAUAGUACAGUUGGACCAAUGUCUGUAGGUGUUUCUUUUUUUAUUUAAAUAUUACGUAGUGUCUUAUUUCGAAAACAUUCCUUCAUUGCAGUCUAGUGCAAAUGCUCUUACUGUAGCACAUGUAAGUGUAAGUAUCUUUAAAAAAAAAAAUACAUGGAUGAAACUUGUGUCGAAAACGUUGGUCAUGCAAACCAUAGGAGAAACUAGUUAUAGUUAUUAGCUGUAAGAGUACAUUUUGGAUAGACAGGAUUCGACUUUCAAUCUGUCCAAAUGAUUUUCUUAUGUAAUAUUAGUAAAGUUUUCCGAACAUUACGAUAUACUGUGGAGGUGUAUUCAUGUCAAACUGUGGAUAUGGGCUGAAAAAAUAUCCAAAUGGCAGGCGAUAAAAUGGCACGUCGCUUAAAUUGAUUAAUUUCCUCCAAUCAAUGGCUACUUCUCACUGGCCCAUUCCUUAUGCGGAUACUGAAAAGCCUUCGUCCUCAGUCACUUCUUUAGUUACUGUAGGUUAUUUCCAGUCAAACGCACCCUCACACAUUAAGUGAGUGUGGAGGGAGUGGCUGACUGCAGAAAAGGAAUCUGUUUAAAAUGCACAAGCAACCUUGUUUUUGAUGGCGCUGUCUGGCUGGUCCAAAGCCCGGCCAAAGGAGAUCCUGGUGCAGCAAAACCUCUCCACAUGAAGAGCACAUUUAACAUAAAGAGACAACUAAAGCUUGCCGAUCCAGAAACAGGGACAGAGGCUCAUGAGGAGAAAUUUAAAUUCACAGUCGAGUUUCAGUUCAGCAGGUUGAUAACUUUGGGGUAGGUUCAGAAAUCUAUAGUCAAAGGUUAGUGACAAGAAAAGUGAGAAGCAAUUAUUCAUACAAUAGUAGCAUUCCUAAGAAGAGUGUUUUGCUAGUGCAGUGGUUCUGUCUCAGUGUUUCUCCCUAUAGUUAAGGCCUUUUUUCUUUUUUAAAUAUAAUAGAUUCUAUUUUUUAUUAUAGUAUAUUUUUGUGUGAAACAGACAGGUAAAGAGCAGCAGCAGUAAGCUCCUCUUUACCUCGGUCUGCUGUGUUUUUUGUAAUUCAGCUCCGUGCGUUAUACACUGCCAAGCAUCAAGGGAGAGGCUUCUGUUGUAAUUGCAGUUCUUUCUUUCAUUGGUGCCCUCACUGGUUUGGUCUUGAACUAUUCUCUAACUUUUCCUUUGGCAUCUACUCCUGUGUAUACUACCCUUUUGGCUACUUUAUGAACAGGAGAGCAGGGCAAUACGAUGCACUUGAUUUUUGAAUUGUCUGACAUGGCGUCCAACUAAGGCCUUGUACACAUGAGCUUGAGAAAGAAUUAAUCAGCAACUCCUGAAAAACUAUUUUGCUUUCAACCACAGAAGGACUUUGUUGAGUUUUUCUUGUGGUUGUGGUAAAUCAAAGCUCUGAAACUAUUGCAGUUCAGUUAUUCAGACAAAAAUGUGUUGGGGGGGGGGAAUAGAGGAUUUUUAACUGUGCAGGCCUGCAUUUAUAAAUUCAGGAAGCUGCACAGCUUUACUGCCACAGUCCUGAAAUCUAUAUAUUGAACUUUCAAAUCAUGCAAUAGGAACUACAAUAUUUCCAAACAGCUGUGUGUAAAGCCUUAGUCGCCUUGUCUCUUUUCAACAUGACUUUUUAUCUUCCCAACCAGCUGAGUAGACCAACCUGCCCCCCUUUGCUCAACUCACUGAUUCAGAUUCUUACAGUGUGUGUGUGAGAGUGUGUGUGUGUGUGUGUGUGUGUGUGUGUGUGUGUGUGUGUGUGUGUGUGUGUGUGCGUGCAAGUGCAUUAAUGUGUGCGUGUGUGUUAGAAUAGCUCUGUCUUGGGAAUAUCCCCAGUUUAUCCUGACAGAUUAGGCCGCUUAAAUCUCAGAGCGAGGGCGUGUUGUUUCCUUGACCACUGAAGUACACAAGCAUAGAGGUUGCAGAUCUGUCGGCCCGUUCCAGUAGAAGAGGACCCCGACCUUAACGAGUCCACUCCUCCUCACUCCCCCUACGUGCUUUUCUCCAAAUGGAGUAAAAGUAAACUGCAGAAGAUUAACCAAAGACCAGAUUUCCAUGCUUACGCUGCCAAUUGCCAUCAAAAACAAGCGGAGAGAAACAGGUUAUCUGAACUGUCCUAGUCUGUUUUAAAUAGCUUACACCCUGACCCUAUCUAUAGGACCUUGUAACUAUUACACACUGUCGAAAUGGUGUGUCAGUUUGGCUUGUCAGUGUGCCAUCCUAACAUGCAAGUUAAACCAAAACAUGAGGACCGCAUGCUUCAAAUCUAAAAUACAGUCUCCCCUUAUCAUGUGUAUCCAGGUCUGAAGAGCUUCUCUAAUCUGUAACAAGUUUUCAGACACAUGAUCCUGUAACUAAUUAUAGCACAAGUCUUCUUUUUUCUGUCUCCAUAGUGCUGCCAAGUUUUAAAAGACAUGUAAACUAACUAUAGCUAGUAGAUAUAACCAAGAAAAACAUUAUAAAAAUCUGCAUUGUUUGGUGUUGUAAUAUGGGGGUGUUUUUGGGGGUAGGGGGUCCUAUAUCCUCAGGUUUAAGGUAUUAGCAAUUUACCAAAAUAUAUAUGAGGACAAAAACUAUAUUAGCAAACAAAAAAACUGGAUUUUUUUGGCAAUAGAAAAUCACUAUGGGGUUAUAAAUGUGGUCCUUUUAGCCAUCUUACAGGAGUUAACCACACAGUGGACUGAAGUGAAAUAACACUACUGAUUGGGGUAGGACUUCUGCGUUAUCCAUAAAUCCAACUGUUGUCCUGUGAGUGCUCAACCAGUUUGGUCACAAUAGUGAAAAUGAAUUGAGUGCUCUCUUUUUCUGUUGCUUUAUUGUCUGUAUGAAAAGAAGUGCGCGUAUAUUUUAACACCGUGGCACUUUUUCUGUUGUGAAACAUUCAUUUUGGUGGGAUGGGAACAUGAUCUGAUGGAGAAUAUUGUUUUAUGUCACCCGCCAGAACUGUUCAGGGAUCUCAACGCUGCAUUCAGGUCAUUUAGGGGUGAUCCGAGAUGCGACUCGCCGAAAAAAGCAUUUGGACCCUUUUUCAGGUUUGAUUUGUAACUUGUGAGCUUGUAACUCAAACUUGAAAGAAAGCAAACAAACCAAAAGAAGAUCUGAAAUCUUCAAGAAGUGUCAUGAAAUAUGUACAGAAUGUUCCCCUGCAUUAACUUUGCCCCCAAAAGGGAUGAAUGCAGCAACAGGAGGGAACCUUUUGAGUCCCUGAAUGUUCUCUGGAUGGCUAUAAAUGUACAAUAUUCUGCUUAAACAUAUGUUACCAUGUUUUGAUUUUGAACCAAAUAUUGUGUUUUUGUUUUGCAUCCGUUUAGUAAUAACUCCAGAUGUCACUGAAUUGUUUGUGUGUCAGCACUGAUGGGUAAAGGUAAACAAAAAUGGGAAGUUAAUGGGAAAAAAGUAUUUUUACCUUCAAUUGUCCAGAAUGCUUAGAGUGAUUCUACAGUUUACAUCAGAUUGCCGUUUGUAUCUACAAGAUAUAUUUUUUGUUUAAAUCGGUUUAUUUUUGAGGAAAGACUUUGAUUUCUUUGUGGGAGUGGGGUUUCUGGGACGAAGGCCCACAUUGGCCCUGUUCGUCUGGUCUUACAGGAGGGACAGGACCGGAGGCUCAUUGGCAAUGUGCUCGUUUUUACUUUAUUUUCUCCUUUUCUUUUUGCUUUUAUUUAUUGAUAGAUUUAUUGUGCUGUCCUUUGGUAUGGGAUUAGAAACUAAACAAGGUUGACUUAAUGUAAAGGAGAGGAGACUGAAUGAAAAUCUAAAGUACAUAAAAUAAUUGUAGUGUAAAUCUAUCAAUGUCUUAUUAUCUUGAUGAACAUCAUGAAAUAUAUGUAUAUUGGAAAAACAGUA